UGUACUGGAGAACUGAUUUCACCGACGGCUUCAUUCGGACAGAUUGCAAAAGCUGCAAUAAAUUCCAGAAAGAGUUAAAAAUCUUUUGUCCUCUCAGAUUCUGAGAAAUUACGAUUACCAGUCGAAGUAUAAAGUAAUUCCAAAUUUCGAAACGAAAAGGUUGCAGAGAUUGUGUAUAAGCUCCUCUUAUUGUAGCAUCCACCUACCGAAUCGACGAAGAUAGGAGAAGAAGCGGAGAAAAUGAGCAACGAUGCGAAGAGAAGCAUUCAAGGAAAUCAAAUGGUGAAAACUGUUUCGGAAGAUCGGAAACCGAUGGCGGUGGCGACUACAGGCAAGAAAAUCGUCAUUAAGAGUGCCGAUAUGUUUGGUGAUGUGCAGAAGGAGGCUGUUGAUGUCGCCAUAGUUGCAUUUGAAAAGCAUAGUGUAGAGAAAGAUGUAGCGGAGUAUAUUAAGAAAGAGUUCGAUAAGAGGCAUGGACCGACCUGGCAUUGCAUUGUUGGUCGUAAUUUCGGUUCAUAUGUGACACACGAGACAAACCACUUUGUUUACUUCUACUUGGAUCAGAAAGCAGUUUUACUAUUCAAAUCAGGUUGAUAAACAUGUAUAUUAUGCAGAUUAAAGAAUGUUAUUAACUGAUUACGAUCAUCGCGUUUUAAUCAAAUGAUGAUUUCCUUGUGGACAAGACA